CAAAAAUGAAGAAACAUUUCUUGGACCUGCAUCGGGCAAUUUUUGCGAACAAGAACGAAAAAUGACAAUAACAAUUGCAGCGAUCGUAUCAUGCUUUACCAUAACACAGUUACCAUCUGCAUUAUUAUUCCUUUACGAAAAAUAAUUAGUGAUGCAAAAACGGAAGCAUUUGCUAAAGUAUCCUGUAUUACCAAUUCUUUGGUACUUACCGGGAAAAUGUUGAAUGUUGUAUUAUUCUGUUUAACGAGUGCUACUUUCAGACGAAAGGUUUUUUCCACCGUUUACAUUUGGUAUCGAAAGUUCACUUGUCAGCAGAAGAAAUAUGUGCAACAUAUUAGCAGUCGUUCAGCUACUCAGAAAUCGUCACUUUUCAGUAUGACAUCAUUUAAAAAUCAAAAAUUUCACCGAUACUCCAGUAAUCGAAGUCGAUCAUUAGCAAAAGUAAAUGAUAAAAGUGAUAUUGAUCUCGUGACAAUUCAUGGAUGA